GGCUCGUUGAAUUUGCCGCGUCUGACAGUCUCGUACGUGCAAUAAGAAAGAUGGCGGUCGCGUCGCAGUGCGCAUGUACUGCUUCCAAAUGGUCGAGCAAAAACACAGCUGGUCUAUGAUCUCCGAGGCAGCUGACGGUCGAACGCUCUCGACGUGAUUUCGCGUGUGUGUUUCCGACCGAUCCAAAGAGUUCACAGAGAGAUCUAAGGUUUAAGAUUCGGAUUCGAAGAGAGCUAUCGUAAUAGAGAGGUUAUAACUAGGUGUUAAGUAGGAAAGGGAAACGACGUGUGCCGGAUCAAAGGAGGCAGUGAUAGUGAUACGUUUUUGUGUGAGCUUAAAUGUGUAUGAAGCUCGUACGUUCGUCGCGGUGUCGCCACGAGGGGAGGUUCGUUCUUCGUCCCUGGGAUACAAAGGAGUCGAGGAACUGGCUGCUUCUAGCGUCCUUAAGAGGUCAGAGGCACCACCAGAGCACUAUGCAGUUGAACUCGUAAUAGUCGGACCGACUUAAAGGAAUAAGGGAAGAGGAAAAGGAAGUGGUCGGGGAAAGUGGCGAUAGAUGAUACAAAAAAUGGCAUCCACCAGUGGACACAAGAGGAACGGUUCAAGUUCGAGCAUGUUCGCUCACAAGCGAACCGAAUCCGGAGGUGGCUUCAUCGGUCACAAACGAUCCGAAAGCGGUCACAAACGGGCCGAAAGCAUAUCCAGUGCCUUUGGCCACAAACGUUCCGAGAGUGGCCACAAAAGGAACGAGAGUGGUGGUGGUUUUGGUCAUAAAAGGUCCGAGUCCGGUAGCAAUUAUCACGCGGGACAUCGAAGGAACGAGAGCAUGUAUGCCAUGACAGGACUGUACGCUGAAAGUGCUGGCACGGGAACCGAUGAAAACGCGGAUCCUUUGCAACCAAGCGGUAGCAGACUGACUCAUGAUACCGUAAUAAGAUGUCACAGUAGAAAUCCAAGUUCCGGCCUUGUGGAUCAUAGAGACUUUAUCAUCAAAUGUCACAGCAGGAAUCCCAGUGCUUCCAUGGUGGACAGGACCGAAAAAGAAAGGGCUCAGACGCCACCGUUCAAUCCAGACUCGAAGGACUGCGGAAUUCUAAGCUGUAGGCCGGCCUUCAUUCAAAGAUUCGCCGGUAUAAAGGUGUUCGUAUUCCUCCUUUCAUUCCUUGUAACUCUACAACAAGCACUUAGUUCUGGUUAUAUCAAUUCUGUGAUCACAACUAUUGAAAAAAGGUUUGAAAUCCCGUCCAGCCUCUCGGGCCUCAUUGCCAGCUCGUACGAAAUAGGCAACGUCAUUACUGUCAUCUUUGUGAGCUAUCUCGGUAGUCGCAGACAUAUUCCUGUUUGGAUAGCCAUUGGUGCUGUUAUCAUGGGACUGGGAUCGAUGAUCUUUAUGGUACCGCAUUUUACCGCCGAGCCUAAUUUAACGACGACUUCGAACAAUUCGAGCUCGGAUAACAUUUGCCGUGGCGUUUCGUUGCGCGAACAAGACAUGGGACUCGGACGUUUGUCAUCGGGUUUAUCGUCGCCGCACAACAAUUUGAGAGGCGACAAUUGUAUACAAGGAUCUCCAUCAAAUGCUGGCCCUGUUAUGCUCUUUGUGCUCGCUCAGUUAUUGUUAGGUUGCGGAGGUUCUCCUCUAUUUACUCUCGGUACUACUUACAUAGACGAUCAUGUCAGACCAGAGAGUGCUUCUUUGUACAUCGGAUGUAUGUACAGUAUGGCGGCUUUUGGACCAGUAUUAGGUUUUCUUCUUGGGGCAUAUCUUCUGUCAUUCCACAUGGACUCUUUCUCCGGAACGAUUAUUAGUAUCGAUCCUGGAGAUCAUCGGUGGGUCGGAAUGUGGUGGGGCGGAUUCUUACUCUGCGGUUUACUACUGAUAAUGGUGGCAAUACCAUUCUUUAGUUUUCCUAAAACAUUGCAACACGAGAAAGAGAAAAUAAGAAUCAUCGAGAAAAACAAAUCCACUUCUCAGAAGGAGAAAGAGCAAUCCAAGGAACCGAAGAAGGAGAAACUGGAUGAUACUGGAUACGGUAAAGAUGUGAAAGAUAUUCCGCGUAGCAUGUGGAGACUCGUUUGCAAUCCCGUAUACGUGGUGACCUGUUUGGGUGCUUGUAUGGAAUUGGUGAUCGUCUCGGGCUUCGUUGUUUUUCUACCGAAAUAUCUCGAAACGCAGUUCAGUCUUGGGAAGAGUCAAGCGAGUAUAUUUACCGGCUCGAUAGCUAUACCGGGUGCAUGCAUUGGUAUUUUCUUCGGUGGAUGUUUGCUGAAACGAUUAGAACUGAGGCCUAAAGGCGCGGUCCAGUUUGUUCUUGUCUCUAACAUAAUAUGUUUGGUUUGUUACGGUCUCUUAUUUUUCUUGGGUUGUGACAACGUGAAAAUGGCCGGGACCACUAUACCGUACUUUAACAGCAGCACGAAAGGUCCAGAACCUUUCCAAGUAAAUCUCACUGCCGCAUGCAACUUCGGUUGUGAAUGUCGAAUGACCGACGUUGAGCCGGUCUGUGGAAAUAACGGCCUGACGUACUUCAGUCCUUGUCACGCUGGAUGUACAGCCUUCAGUUCGAAAUCUAAUUUUACGAAUUGCGCAUGUAUACACGGUAAUUUAACUAUGCUGCCACCAGCAGCACCAGAAUUCGCGGAAGUAACCGUAGUACCGGUAGCGACUGCUGGUCCGUGUACUUCACCCUGCAGAACGAUAUUUCCCUUUUUGAUUCUUCUAUUCUUCAUGACGUUUAUCGUGGCUGUAACCCAAAUGCCUUUGUUGAUGAUAGUUUUAAGAUCUGUAUCGGAGGAAGAACGAUCAUUCGCUCUUGGUAUGCAAUUCGUAAUCUUCAGACUGUUUGGUUAUAUACCAGCGCCUAUUCUUUUUGGUAAUUUAAUAGAUUCAACGUGUUUAUUGUGGAAAAGUACUUGCGGCGAGAAAGGCGGCCGAUGUCUCUUGUACGACAUCGAACAGUUUAGAUAUAGGUAUGUAGGUCUUUGCGCUGGCAUAAAAAUCUUGGCAUUAGCAUUGUUUCUGGUUGAUUGGUGGCUCGUAAGAAGGAGAAGACAAAUGGAGGAUCAGGCUCCUUCCUUCACCGUCAAUGAAUUCGUAGGAUCAAUUAUUAGUCUCGACAAAUUAUUUGAGGAAAAACCUCAUCAACAUAAUUUAGGGGAUGGCGAUGUGAACUCACCGAGCUCCGAUGGAUUAACGCCAUCCUCUGUUUCUUCGCCUACGGAGCCUACAAAGUCGACGAAUCUCGAAGAAACAGAAUCUUCAAAUCAUACGCAGGAUUCGAAUGAAACGGCGAAUCGUUUGAAAAACAUGAUGAUGGAUGUCGAUGUACCAGAUACGAGGCAAACACAAUUCGCCACUCGUGAACAGGAAGUAGAUACGAAGCCUUCGAUUGGUAAAUCAGAAAGUCGUGAUCAGAAUGUUUAAUGUUUAUUUCGGACUAGGAACUAUAAAAAUAAAUCUAUCGAAUUGGUGAUAAAAAAAUUUGUGACAAAUUAUUAGAGAAUUCAUUGUAAAUAUAAAGUGUUCAUUGUUGAGAAGCGCCCACUAAUCUUUACAGUCAUAGAACUUAUGUAUACGACUGUCGCACUCGAUAAAUAAUGAAUGAAUAAAUGUGACUUUCGGUGCUCGUGAAUAUGUUUCGAAGAUAUUAUUAUAAACGGGAUAGAAAGAACUUGCAGUCAAUAUUUUUCUGUUAGCGUGAUAAUCGCGCUCGAACUCGAUAGAAAAA